CGUCUAUUGGCGUGUUUGUUUGAUCUGAAAAAAUCGUUGGAGAAGGAGGUGGGGGUAGUCUUAAGUUGGUGCGCAUUUCCAUGGAUCCGCUCAUCAGUUCAAGGCUGCACUCAUGGACGUUUGCAGUGCUCAUGGGCUUCGCAUAUACAGUGUUCGUCUGGUUCGUGUAUGACUGGUUUUCUGCAUCCCAAGUGGGAGAGUACAAAUCCCAGGAGCCAACAAGUGAGCUGCCUCCUCCGCUAACCCUUCACUUUCCCAAAGACCCCUCAGUCUUCAUAUGCAUACGAAAGAGUCCCUUUCCCCAGCCGGAACGAGAUAACCACACUUCCGCUUACGAUGACCCGGGCAUCGCCGACAGGAUCUUCGCGGACAAUGUGGAUCGCCAACGGUUCCUCAUGCAAGGCGACCCACGGAACCCGGCCGGAGCGGCUGCUGCCCUGCAGCCACAUGUUUUGGAGACAUGGGAGCCCCUUUAUCAUUGCCCAUUCGAGGAGAGGGUGGGGCCGUACGGAGACGGAGGAAAGUGGAUGUGCCGUGUUCGCGACUAUGUAGACCCAGGUUGUGUUGUCUACUCUUUCGGAUCCAACGGGCACGUUCGGUGGGAGCGUGACGUUGCCCGCCUCACGAAUUGCGAGAUACAUAUUUUUGAUCCGACGCCGGAAGUUGUGCAAUACCUUCAAAGUACUCCAACGGAGGCCGAUGCCACGAGCGCCCUCGAUACGGUCGUGUGCGCACUGAACGGAACGUCAUUGCCCCGAAGGACGCAGUUUCACCCUUGGGCACUUUACGAGGCCAGCUCCACCCUCGCUUCACAAUUCCUUCUCAAAUCCGUGACUGCAGUUACGGGCGGUACCCUCCGUUGGAUUGUGGAGCAUGCCGGUACAGCAGUUCCGCAGAUCGUUAAGAUAGAUAUGCGGGGAUCUGAGCUAUUCAUCGACUUCCGCGCGGAAGCCGACUUGUGGAAACAGGUUCACAUGCUCCUCGUUGAAGUCAAUUUGUCCGUCCUAUCGAACUGCUUCCAAACGGGGUUUUACAUCCCGGCACCACUUGGUCCUACCCCUGAGUGGCAAUUCUUCUCAGUCUGGAUCAACUCGUUGUACGAUCUUGGCUUUCUCAUGUUUCACAGAGAAAUGAACCUUUUUGCGGAAAACGGCAGAGUUUGGGAGAUUGGAUUUGUGAACAAAAUUAUGUUCUGAGUCUUUCUGACUCUUUUUGAGAGCGAGUACUGUUUCCGCGUGGUGGAAUGGUGUUGUUGCCGUCGUACGGAAUGGAACGCGCAGGUCGGCAGAUUUACGUCCGCGUCUGCGACAACCCGGUAAUCAGACAAGGACGCAGUCAUUCGUUUUGGCAGAUAAUUGCAACAUUCUGCACGUGGCUCCCAUAUUAGGGAUGGGGUGGAUGAUGAAUGUGGAUGGGAGGUCGCGAUCGCAACACUUGCAUGCGGUCGUAGGUACAGUUGUUCGCUGGACGCACUGUUUCCUUAUUCAUAUACUGAAGCAAUUGGGUGAGCUAUGCUGCUCAAGAUGAUCAUGUUGUGCCUUCGGAAAGGCAAGUUGUUGCGGCAGCACUUGUCGUCUGCUGCAUGCAGUAGGGUUGCUGGUGAGGCGAGUUCUCGCCACAACACUUGUGUGUACGCUGGCACUGAAGGGGCUCAGUGAUUGGCCUGAUUUGUUGAUGAGCGUUUGUCGCAGAGAUCUUUCGCACUGCGUACUGCCAUCUAUCACGACUUGCUAUCUCUCUUUCAUUUCUCUUCUCUUCUCGUUUUCCUUUUCCUGCUUUUUCUCUCAAGUUUGGGAAUGCAUUUCAGGUGCAAGAUUCCCAACAAAUGGUUUGCAUGGUUGGCCUAGUCUGCUGUGUGAUAUGACAAGGGGUUGGCCCUGACUGCAUAAGUCCUCGUUGCGUACACGACGCUGAAGGGCGCAGAGUACAAGGGGAGACUGGCCCCGUUUGUCAGCAGGUGGCGCUACCUCCCCACCGAAUGAUGGAGGCUCAGCAGCUGAAGAAAAGCACAGAGCACGCGAAGACAGUAGAAGAGACGACAGAAUGGUCCCACUGAUGAGCGAGUGUACUAGGAGGAGCAGGAACCUGCUGUGCAGAUUGUCAUUUUUUUUCCAUGCACACUGCUGCUCGUUCUGUGAAAUCUCCCAGCCUUUUUGCAUCAUGGCAUGGAAACAGAUCGCAGGAGAAGAUGCCUGAAGAUGGUGGGGUUCACACAAUGGCUAUAUGCUCAGCAGAGUCUGAGCAGACUGCAAUUCCGGUGCCCUGUGCCUUCCGUGCCAUGACGACUCUGGUGCUUGAAAGCAGAGAGCGGGAGAAACACGGUUGAGGAUGCCGCCGACUUGCGAUGAUGACGUGUCAAGUCAACCUACCUGAAGAAAGGGGCCAAAAAGAAACACUGCAGACUGUCAUUUUACUUCACAGCAUCUUUCCGCAAGUGAGGGCAGGAGAACAUGGUCGAAGGUGAUGACAACUUGGAACGACGGUGCGAGUACCUCAGCGAAGCAGAGUUCCACCUGUGCUCAGCCAAAAGGAUGGUGGCAUGGUGGCACCAGCCAAUGGGCCUAGCUCAGCCACAAGGAUGGUGGCACCUGCAGACUGCCAGUCAUCAUCAGAGGCUCGCCGUGUGGCAGUCACCAUGUGGCAGUUGAGAGCUUCGUACAGGGAGGGAAAAAAAAAAAAAAAAGUUUGUUUGCGUGUGCACUGUGCAGUGCAUUGACUACUCGAAUGAGUCGAAUGGCUACAUGCACUAUAAUUGCACGGUGUCGGUCAAAAGAGGGAGGUGAGGGUGAAGGCAAGAGAGAUCAGGAAGGUGCAGCAGUGCGCCUCGACGAGGGUGCAGCGCUUUGAGCAGAGUCCGACGAGAAGAGAUGAGCAUGCAUGACAGCGCUCUUCUGCGUAACUUUGGCAGUGACUCGAUGGGUGGCGCAGUGUGUCGGGAGUGGUUUUCUUUUUAAAGUUUAAACCAUGUUGCAGCAGUGCGGCGAGAAGAAUGUGCAGCGCUUCGAGCAGGCCGAUGAGAAGUUAUGGCCCCAUGCAUGACAGCGCUCUUCUGUGUAACUUUGGCAGUGGCUCGAUGGGUGGCGCAGUGUGCUGGGGGUGGUUUUCUUGAAACCGCGAGACUACCUUUCAGGCUGGAAGGCGAAGUCGUACAUAUAAUCUUAUUCCGCAUUCUUCGUCGGCUGGCAGAGGUCGGGCACUACCGGACCAAACAGGCUGGUGGCACCAGCCAACGGGCCUAGCUCGGUUGGUACACCCAUUUAAUUUAGCUGUUGAAAUACAGACCGAAGUUUGAAUCCCUAUCAAUUCAGAUGAGUAAAUAAAUCUGAAUAUA